GGAUUGUUUCAUCUAAACGGGAUGCACAAGACUGGAGAUGUGGUUCUUGGUGGGCUGUUUGAUCUGCACUUCUUUUCUGUUUUUCCUGACCUGUCCUUCACCUCAGAGCCACAACAGCCAACUUGUCACAGUUUUGAUAUUUUUGGAUUCAGGCACGCUCAGGUGAUGGUAUUUGCUAUUGAAGAGAUCAACAAAAACACCAACCUGCUCCCGAAUGUUACUCUGGGAUACAGUCUUUAUGAUAGCUGCAACGCACUAGGAAUUGGGUUCCGUGCAGCGUUGUCAUUAGCCAGUGGUCGAGAGGAGCAGAUUAAAUUAGAUGAGAACUGUACAGGAAACCCUCCAGUUGUAGGAAUUGUGGGUGAUGCUUCCUCUACACGUUCUAUUGCCAUUUCCUCUGUCUUAGGUUUGUACAGAGUACCUAUGGUGAGUUAUUUUGCCACAUGUUCGUGCCUGAGUGACCGGCAAAAGUUUCCAUCCUUCUUUCGGACGAUCCCAAGUGAUGCUUUCCAGGUGCGUGCUAUGAUUCAGAUUCUCAGGCACUUUGGCUGGACUUGGGCAGGUCUGCUGGUCAGUGAUGAUGAUUAUGGACUCCACGCUGCCCGAUCCUUUCAGUCUGACCUCGCUCUGUCAGGUGGAGGCUGUCUGGCCUACUUAGAGGUUUUGCCCUGGGGCAAUGAUCCAGCUGAACUAAAAAGGAUUGUGGAUGUGAUGAGGAAAUCUACUGCUCGUGUGGUCAUUGUGUUUGCACAUGAAAAUCAUAUGAUCAACCUCAUGAAAGAGGUGGUGAGGCAGAAUGUGACCGGCAUUCAGUGGAUGGCCAGUGAAGCCUGGACUUCAGUUACUGUGCUUCAUACCCCCCAACUCAUGCCAUACCUGGCAGGCACUUUGGGCAUUGCCAUCCGUCAAGGACACAUACCAGGAUUAAAGGACUUCCUGUUACAAACAUGUCCUGAGAUACGACACAACAGAUAUGAAAACAACCUGUUUUGGGAAUACACAUUUCAGUUUAGAUCUGCACCAUCUCCAUCAAGUGGGCUAGAAGCUGGUGGAUCACUAUGCACUGAGCAAGAAGAUCUAGAGAAUGUGGCCACAGAGUACUUGGACAUUUCAGACCUCAGGUCUGAGUAUAAUGUGUACAAGGCUGUGUAUGCCCUGGCGUACGCUCUUGAUGACAUGCUGCAGUGCGAGCCAGGGAGAGGACCUUUCAGUGGGCACAGCUGUGGCAAUUUGCAAAGACUGGAGCCAUGGCAGCUUGUGUAUUACUUGGAAAAGGUCAACUUCAUCACAUC